AUGUUAAAACUUGAUGAUACUGAAAAACUGAUUGAAAGUGGUUCUGAAGGCAUGGACGAUUCUAAAAUUCGCUAUUUCUGUAAGGCGGAUAAGCUAUUUGAUGUAUUGGAGGCAGCACAUCUCAACGUGGGACAUAAAAGAAAAAGAGAUGUUUUCGGCACAAGAUUGAUAUCGCGAAGUAUAGUUAGACAUGUUAGGUAUGUAGUAAAGUGUCAAUUGAAGAAAAAGAUACCAAAACAUGGAUUAGUUGUACAACUUAUUUUAUCUGACUACAUGAACUCUCGAUGUCAAGUGGACUUGAUUGACAUGCAGUCAGAGUCAGAUAAAGAUUAUCGAUUCAUUAUGAAUUAUCAAGAUCAUUUAACCAAAUUCACAAUUCUUCGUCCUCUUAAGACGAAGACUGCCGAGGAAGUGGCCUACCAAUUCAUAGACAUAUUUUGUUUAUUCGGGUGCCCCCAUAGUCAGGGUUCGGUUGAAAGGUCGAACCAAGAUAUUCGUGACAUGCUGGUAGCGUGGAUGGCUGACAAUAAUACGGAAAAAUGGUCUGAAGGACUCCGAUUUAUUCAAAGUCCUUAUGAGCUGUUUGGAUCAGCGCAAAAGAUCGGACUUGCGGAUUCCUCUCUUUCCAGUGACAUGUAUUCUUCUAUAGAAACUGAAGAAGAAUUGGAACAACUUCUUUCUUCGGUAAAGAACAAUGAUCAAGAUAAGACUGAUGAAGAAAGAAGUUAA